UUCUCAUCAAUUGAAAAAUCACGAUUUUUAACUCGUCGCUGCCACCUACAUAUAAAUUAUAAUUAUCGCGCCUAUAAAUAACCGAUUCAGGAAGCUUUCAUAUCGCUGCCACUCUUAAUUUACCUAAUAUCACUCUUAAAAUACACUCGCCAUAAAUCACUCCACCUGACUCCCUCGUCUUCGAUCUCCUCAACCUGCAAAUCUCUCCUCGUGUACAAACAACGCACCGAUGCCUCAUCACGAUCCAUCUCAUGCCAAUUAAAAUACUCCCAUCACGCUGCCACCUAGUGCUCCUAAUCCGUCUAAGCCGCGUCCUUGACGCAUAUAUCACGCUGAUAACGACUGUUUUCAUUUGCACCUGCGGCGGCGGUCCUUGGCGAUCGACUUUAUCACAUGGACGUAAUUUUCCUGCCAAGAAAUGCGUGGGCACCAAUUAUUGAUUCAAUACUUCGCAUGUGGUCAGUACUUGACAGGGCGAGGGUGUGAUGUGAUGGUCUAGGACAUGGUCGACCAAGGCUACGAUUCCAUGGAAGACGCAAGUGAUGUCGUUUCCUCCUCCGGGAGCAUGAUAGUGGUGUCCAACCGCUUGCCCUUCGUGCUGCAGAGGAACGCAGAGGGGAAGCUCGUCCGGAAGGCUAGUGCUGGGGGCUUGGUGACGGCUGUCGCUCCGGUUGUUAUCAACGGCAGCGGACUAUGGGUAGGAUGGCCCGGAUUGCACCUCGCUAACCCGAACGAACCCAUCCCGGAGUCGGACCCGGAUGACAUAACUCCAACAGCCGGUCUGCGAUCCGAGAAGGUGGUGGCGGUCCAGAUAGACCCGGUGGUCUUCGAUUCCUACUACAAUGGUUGUUGCAACGCCACCUUCUGGCCGUUGUUCCACUCCAUGCCGGAUCGAGCCACCUUCAAAAGAGAGCACUGGCACAACUACACCACCGCCAAUAAAGAAUUCGCCAAUUGUACAAUGAAAGCGUUGACGUCUUUACCGAGGAGGACCGGUAACGAUGUCCCUCUAAUCUGGAUCCACGACUACCACCUAAUGCUGGCGGCUAAUUGGGUCCGACAAGGAGCAGAAGAAGAAGGUAUCAUGUGCAAACUGGGAUUCUUCCUCCAUAUCCCGUUCCCACCAUGGGACAUCUUCCGGCUAUUCCCCUGGGGGGACGAAAUUCUCCAAGGAAUGCUAGCCUGCGACAUGGUCGGCUUCCACAUCACCGACUACUGCCUCAACUUCGUUGAUUGUUGCCAAAGAAACCUAGGUUGUCGCGUCGAUAGGAAAAAUCUUUUAGUAGAACACGGAGGGAGGUCCGUACGAGUACGACCCCUUCCAAUCGGGAUUCCGUUUGAACGCUUCGUCGAACUGUCCGAAAAAGCGCCCAAGGUUCUAUCCACUAACCAGAAGAUAGUUUUGGGGGUGGAUCGGUUAGACUACACCAAAGGACUGGUGCAUAGAUUGUUAGCUUUCGAGAAGUUGCUCGAGAACCACCCCCAGCACAAAGAAAACGUCUCACUUUUGCAGAUCUCGGUUCCCUCGCGCACUGACGUUAAAGAAUACCAAGAGUUGAAAGAAGAGAUGGACCAGUUGGUGGGAAGGAUCAACGGGAAGUUUACAACCCCGAACUGGUCACCCAUUCGUUACAUUUAUGGAUGUGUGAGUCAAGACGAACUUGCAGCAUUUUAUAGAGAUAGUGCUGUAGGUCUUGUCACGCCUCUGCGUGACGGGAUGAAUUUAGUAGCCAAAGAGUUUGUAGCGUGCCAAAUUAACACACCACCAGGGGUACUGAUAGUGUCGCCGUUCGCCGGUGCUGGAGAAACCAUGCAUGAGGCUUUAAUUUGCAACCCAUACGAGAUCAACGACGCUUCUGAGGUUAUCCACCGCGCGUUGACGAUGCCAGAGGACGAACGAAUCCUCCGCAUGAACUACCUGCGACGACGGGAGAAACUGAACGACGUUAACUACUGGACAAAGUCGUUCCUGUCAGCUAUGGGUUCGUUGCUAACUCAAGAAGACCACGACGAUAUUGGUACUACGUCAAUGCCCGCAGUCACUCUAGACGAUUUCGAUGAAUACCUAGCCAAGUACAUUGGAAACACCCACAAGUUGGCGCUUCUACUCGACUACGACGGCACUCUCGCCCCCAUCGCUCCUCACCCGGACCUUGCUAUAAUCCCCCCCGAGACGAAAAACGUCCUCCAAAGACUGUCAAACAUAUCCGACGUAUACAUUGCGAUUAUUUCAGGGCGCAACGUCAAUAACGUUAAGCAGAUGGUAGGGAUUGAGGGUAUAACGUACGCCGGGAACCACGGUUUGGAGAUCCUCCACCCCGACGGUACCAAGUUCGUUCACCCCAUGCCCACUGAGUUCCACGACAGGGUCGGGGAACUACUGCGCCAACUCCAAGAGAGCGUAUGCAAAGACGGCGCAUGGGUCGAGAAUAAAGGGGCCCUUCUGACUUUCCAUUUUAGAGAGACUCCGUCGCAUUUAAGAUCACGCCUGGCUGAAGAAGCCAAGCGUUUGAUCGAAGAAGCAGGGUUUAAAGCCGGGAAGGCACAUUGUGCGAUUGAGGCCAAACCUCCAGUUCAGUGGAACAAGGGUAGGGCUUCUAUUUAUAUCCUGAGGACGGCGUUCGGGGUAGAUUGGAGCGAAAGGAUCAGGAUUAUUUAUGCAGGGGAUGAUACGACGGAUGAGGACGCUAUGCUGGCGUUGAAGGGUAUGGCUGCCACGUUCAGGGUGACUUCUUCGUCGAUUGUGAAAACUUCGGCUGAGCGACGUUUACCAUCCACGGAUUCGGUGUUGACCAUGUUGAAGUGGGUGGAACGACAUUUGAGUCGCAGGAAACCCAGCAUAGAUCCUAGUAACUAUCGAAGGAACUCGCUUGCCAAGCAAGGGGCGGUGCAGAUGGAGAUGUCUUUCAUGCGGAGUGGCCAGGCGGAGGAGCACAAAAAUGGAAGUGCCACAAGGCUUUCAACUGAUUCGACGAACUAAUUUAGUAGCAGAUUAGGUAGUAAUAAAUGUAACCCAGAAGACUCGAAAUGUACCUACCAGAGAUAUUUUUUGAAUGUGUUAAGACACAAUUUUUGUCAAUAUCGACGUAGAACAUACUAGCUGAUAGUUUCGUAUGUUUUGUACUUUGUAUAUUUUUUAAGAUGCAGUUUUAUUUAUUUUAUUAAAAGUCUCGCUGGAUAUAUGAGAAAACGGCGCAUAAGUGCGCUGAUCUGUUAUUUUAUGUAAUGAGUGUUUAAUAAAUUCCUGUAAAGAA